AUGAAAGAUGUAACGUCUAGCACCAUGGAUAAAAGUCAUCAAGAACUAUCUGAGUUUAGUAAAACUAGCUUAAUUUAUAAUGAGAAGAUUAUACAAGGAAACGAUAAAAUUAAACUUUUACAAGAUUUUAACUUAUGUAAAGGGUCAAAAAUUUAUGGAAAUAAUUUAAGUCCCGGAGAACAAAUUCUCACUGAAGGUGGCGAACUUAUUUCUUAUGUAAAAAAAGACAUGCGUGUUUAUACAAAUAGAAUUCCAACAAACACACUAAUAAGUAAAAGUGUUCUACGUUCUAGUCACAAUAUAGAGGAGAAUCAUAUUCGUAUACACAUUCCUCUUCUUCAAAUUGAAUAUAGAAAUCAAAUAGUCACUAAUGAAUUUACUGAAGUAAUUGAAGAAGCGUUAAAAAGGUCAGAUCAAAUAUCCGUUCAUGAGACUCUUCAAAAUAUUUUUGAGAAAUACGGUGAAUACAUUGUACAGAAUAUUGACAUUGGUGGAGCACUCACGGUUAAAUCAUCUCUUGAUGACGAUCUAUCGAUUUCACCAGUCAUUGAAAUUCUGAAAGCACAAGUGUAUUGGGUUUAUGAUGACGUUAUAUCAGGCAAAGUCAAUGUAUUCGAUCGAAUUCCGUUUAAUGAUCAUUUUAUAUUGAAAGAUGCACAUAAUAAUGAUAAAAGAAUCCUUUAUGGCUAUGAAUUAAAAUCUUGGAUGGAGGAAUAUUAUGAGAACAAAAAUGGAUAUAUUAUAUCUUAUAAUAAAGUUAUUCCAGCAUAUAAUUUACUUAAAGAUGAAAUUAAAAAAAAUGUAAAGAAUGCACUUAAAAGUUCUAAUGAAAGCACCUAA